CUGGGGUCCCUGGUCAUCCUGAAUCUUCAGAAUGAUGGUCCUGAAGUUCCUCUGGAUGGGUUUCCUCUGCCACCUGUGUCAGGGCUACUUUGACGGCCCUCUCUACCCAGAAAUGUCCAAUGGGACUCUGCACCACUACUUCGUGCCCGACGGGGACUAUGAGGAGAACGAUGACCCCGAGAAGUGCCAGCUGCUUUUCCGGGUGAGUGACCGUCGGCGCUGCUCCCAAGGGGAAGGGACCCAGGCCAGUCGCUUGAUGAGUCUCACCCUUCGAGAGGAGUUCACGGUGCUGGGCCGCCAGGUGGAGGAUGCCGGGCGCGUCUUGGAGGGCAUCAGCAAGAGCAUCUCCUACGACCUGGAUGGGGAAGAGAGUUAUGGCAAGUACCUGCGGCGGGAGUCCCACCAGAUCGGGGAUGCCUACUCCAACUCCGACAAGUCCCUCACUGAGCUGGAAAGCAAAUUCAAGCAGGGCCAGGAACAGGACAGCCUGCAGGAGAGUCGGCUCAACGAGGACUUCCUGGGGAUGCUGGUCCACACCAAGUCCCUGCUGAAAGAAACGCUGGACAUCUCCACAGGGCUUAGGGACAAAUACGAGCUGCUGGCCCUCACCAUCAGGAGCCACGGGACUCGGCUAGGUCGGCUGAAAAACGAUUAUCUUAAAGUAUGAGGUGGAAAUGCCAGGGAGAGCAAUCAAAUCAGCUCCUUAGUGGAGGGUUGGGGGAUGGAUGAGGGGGCUACAUUUUUCCUUACUCUUAUCAUAUUUUAUAUCCAGAUUUGCACUUUGAGAAUGAAUCUGA